CCUCUCUCUCUCUCUCUAUUCUGUGCUUUGCCUUUUGCUACCGUGCAUUGCUUAAAGGCUAGGGUUCGUCGGGAUCGAAGUUAUCUGAAGACUUCUGGUGAAGUUUGUGGAACAUUGCUAAAUUAGGGUUCGUACAAGUUACAGUGAAUUUGUUCUCAUCAAGAUUUGAUUUUUGCUGUUUCGGUUUUGGAUUUUUCAUCUCAGUUUAUGUUGUUGCAUUGUGACAGUUUUGGUUGAUUUAUAAUAGCUGAUUUAUUUGGUAGCCCAUUUUUACUCUACAGUAGUGUGUUAAUCUGAGUACAUUUGGUGAAUGCUGAUCUCUCUACUGGGAGAUUGAAUUUGGGUCUGAUAUUUGUGAUGCUUGUGACAAAUGGGUUGUAGAUAUAUUUGUUUUAUGUAAAGAAUUGAAGUUAAUUGUGUAAGCUUUUAGAGGAUGAAGAGGUUCAGAAGUGAACCUCUUAGCUUGAAGAGGUUAAAACUGUCGCAUUUCUUGUUGGGUAUAGCUGCAUUGUACUUGAUUUUUAUCUCCGUCAAGUUCCCACAUUUCUUGGAGAUUGCGGCGGUGUUGAGUGAUGAUGAUACUUAUUUGGGUUCGGAAGGAUCAUCAGUUGGGGAUGGAGAAGAUGGAGAUUUAAGCAAACCUUUUGUCAGUUCUGUUUAUAGGGAUACAUUUCAUAGGAGAUUAGAAGAUAAAGAAAUCCAAAAUGCGCCAUUGAGGCCACAAAAGGAACCUUUAGGCGAUGAAAAAACAGAGGCACGGCAAAUAAAGCCUCUCCAGCAUCGUUAUGGUCGAAUUACUGGUGCCAUUAUGAGGCGAAGAAAUAGGACUAGUGAUUUGUCAGUGUUGGAGAAAAUGGCGGAUGAGGCUUGGACAUUAGGCUUGAAGGCAUGGGAAGAAGUAGAAAAAUUUGAUGGAAAAGAGACUAGCCCGGGUUCUAUACUUGAGGGGAAGCCCGAGUCAUGCCCUUCAUGGGUAUCUAUGAGUGGGGAAGAAUUGGCAAGGAGAGACAGUGUCAUGUUCCUUCCUUGUGGUCUUGCUGCGGGCUCUUCCAUUACAGUGGUGGGUACGCCCCAUUAUGCUCAUCAGGAGUUUGUACCCCAGCUUGCUAGAAUGCGCAGUGGUGAUACCUUGGUUAGGGUUUCACAAUUUAUGAUUGAAUUGCAAGGAUUAAAUUCUGUAGUUGGGGAGGAUCCACCGAAGAUUCUGCAUCUGAAUCCUCGAUUAAGAGGGGAUUGGAGCCGUCGGCCAGUCAUUGAGCACAAUACCUGCUAUAGGAUGCAAUGGGGGACAGCUCAAAGAUGUGAUGGUUUAGCAUCCAAGAACGAUGAUGACAUGCUUGUUGAUGGAUAUUUGAGAUGUGAAAAAUGGAUGCGGAAUAAUGCUGUAGAUUCAAAAGAAUCCAAGACAACCUCUUGGUUCAGGAGAUUCAUUGGGCGUGCGCAGAAACCAAAAGUGACUUGGCCAUUUCCUUUUGUGGAGGGUAGAUUGUUUGUCUUGACUGUGCGAGCUGGUGUUGAUGGAUACCAUAUAAAUGUUGGGGGUCGCCAUGUUACUUCAUUCCCAUAUCGGACGGGUUUCACACUUGAAGAUGCAACGGGAUUGCAGAUUAAAGGUGAUGUGGAUGUUCAUUCAGUUUAUGCUACUUCCCUCCCAACUUCUCAUCCAAGUUUCUCUCCCCAAAGAGUAUUGGAAAUGUCUACAAAGUGGAAAGCUCGUCCUUUGUCCAAAAGUCCUAUUCGACUUUUUGUUGGGGUUCUCUCUGCUACCAAUCACUUUGCGGAACGUAUGGCAGUUAGAAAAACUUGGAUGCAAUCUUCAGCAAUCAAGUCCUCAACUGUAGUAGUUCGUUUCUUUGUUGCAUUGAAUCCAAGGAAGGAGGUGAAUGCAGUGCUGAAGAAGGAAGCUGCUUACUUUGGUGAUAUUGUGAUUUUGCCAUUUAUGGAUCGCUAUGAGUUAGUGGUUCUUAAAACUAUUGCCAUUUGUGAAUAUGGGGUUCAAAAUGUGACAGCUGCCUACAUUAUGAAAUGCGAUGACGACACUUUUAUUAGGGUGGACACUGUCUUGAAAGAAAUUCAAGGCGUCUCUUCUAAAAGGUCUCUGUAUAUGGGCAAUCUCAACCUCUUGCAUCGACCUCUUAGAAGUGGGAAAUGGGCAGUAACUUAUGAGGAGUGGCCAGAAGCAGUAUAUCCUCCUUAUGCCAAUGGGCCUGGAUAUAUAAUUUCGAGUGAUAUAGCUAAAUUUAUUAUCUCUCAACAUGUCAAUCGAAGAUUAAGGCUUUUCAAGAUGGAGGAUGUGAGCAUGGGGAUGUGGGUUGAGCAGUUCAACAGCUCUACGCCCGUCCAGUACUCCCACAACUGGAAGUUUUGUCAGUAUGGGUGCAUGGAAGACUAUUACACCGCACAUUACCAGUCCCCGAGACAAAUGAUCUGCCUGUGGGACAAUUUGGUAAGAGGUCGGGCACAUUGCUGCAACUUUAGAUGACAAAAGAGCUACUCAUUGCCCAAUUAUAUUGGAACUCGAUUUGUACCAUUUUACUCUUAGAAUUUUCACCCCAUUAUUGAGUUUUGUCCAUAUAAGAGGGGUUUGAUUAAGUUGUGGGCAUCAUUUUGUGAGAUUCAAUUGUUUUUGUGGUUCUUUCUGGUCAUGGC